GUUUGGACAAACAAACCAAAACACCCUAAUAUUUAUUCCAUCUCACUCCAAAUCUUGGUCUGUUUCGACCUGUUCUACUCCUCUUCGUAUAUGAUCAUCAUGUCAGCUAAAUGAAAUUUAAGGAUCUAAAAUAGUGAAGAACAGUUUAGUCCAAUCACACUCAAUCCCUCAACCAAUCACCCACAUCUUUUUUCCUCCUCCUCCACGCCCAAUCCAAACCACCAUAAUCGCCACCUCCACUAGUACCACCGUUACUAUCAACCACCAUAGAAUCUAGCUCUCAUUCACCUUUACUUUCUCCCAAUAUGUCGCCGUCCAAAACCUCAACGGUGUCGUCUUCUCCUACUUAGACAACACGCUCCAACUCCUCUACUCAGCCUCUAGGUUAGGUUUAUGUUCCAUACCUGUCAACUAGAUCCACCCGGGUCAGACCCGCCUACUAUAAUAACUUUAACCUCAACACCACGGACAAGCUCAACGAAUAGACCAUCCAACAAAUUGUGCAGUCUAGAUGCGGCAUUCUUGGCGUCGUCAAUAGCUCGACAACCAUAGACUCUAAGAAAGGAAGCGAUGGCGACAUAGAGUUGUCCAAUGGAGUGUUGGGAACGAAGCCACACGUUCUUGUCAUCGAGCGAGCGAUUCUGCUUGGAUGGUGACAAGGCAGGCGUGUAUGGUUUUUGGUGACAUCAGCGCCUCCUCUACGACAAUCGAGGGUGGCAGUAGACAUGAAUUUAAGCAAUAAAUUGAAAGAAAUGGGAUCGAACUCAAUUGAAGAAUACAUUUCAAGCUUAUUUUGUGCUCAUCAAUGUAUAUACAUACAGACAUACUUGUAAUUUGUAAAUACAUUUCUUAAAGAAAGAGCAUUGAGAGGUGAUAAAGACCUCCGCGCUUCCGGUCCGUCAGAUCAAAGCGAAUCGAAAGCAAAAGGGGAACCGAACCGCGCAAAACGCAACGAAGCACUGCGUCAGAUCCCAGCCGACACUUUGCUCAAAAUCCACAUUUCCUCCGUACACUCGCUUUCUUCUAAGAAUCUAAGUAGACUAUAUGGAAUCGGGUUUCUUUGCAUUGAUGGCCUUCUUCUCGGCUCUGAUAAUCCAUGCACCGUGAGACCCGGUGAGAGUGCCUUGACGUCCUUCAGAUUCAGUGUCUUGUUGAUGGUGACUUGGUGGGCAUUGGCAAUGUGAGAUUUGUCGGUUGUCACACUGAUCGGUUGGUGAAUUUUUUAGUGACGGCCAGCUCACUUAUACAUGCAUUGAUGCAAAUACUUAUAAUUGUUUGAGUUUGUCCGGGAUUUGGUGGGUGGUGGCCUCUUUUUCUAUUCCUUGUAUGAGAUCCUUAUAAUAUUCAAGCUGCACUUGGUAAUACAAUGGACCAAAAGACAUGGCUUUGGAGGAAGAAAUCUUCAGAGAAGGCCAUUGUCACAACUGACAAAAUAAACUCCUCUUCAAAAGGAAAUGAAGAAGAGAUACAGACACUUCUAACUGAGAAAGCCGAAUUGGAGAAAGACCUGAGAAUUUCAAAUGAUAAGCUUUCUUCAGCCCUUUCCGAGUGUGAUGCUAAAGAUGAACUUGUGAAGAAACAAGCAAAGAUGGCGCAGGAAGCAACUGCAGGCUGGGAGAAGGCAGAAGCAGAAGCAGUGUCUCUAAAGCGAGAAUUAGAUGAAGCUUCACAGCAGAGAGUAGCUGGUGAAGAACGAGUAGCUCAUUUGGAUGCAGCACUCAGGGAAUGUAUGCAACAGCUACGUUUUGUUCGAGAAGAGCAGGAGAAAAGAAUUCAUGAUGCUGUUACGAAGACAUCGAAGGAUUUUGAAAAAUCCCAGAUGAUUUUAGAGGAGAAGUUAUCGGAGACCAGUAAGAGGCUUGCUAAACUAGGUGUUGAAAAUUCUCAUAUUAGCAAUGCUCUCCUAGUGAAGGAAAAGUUGAUAGAAGAUGUCAAUAAACAGUUGACUCAGAUGGAGUCAGAUUUUAGUGCGCUAAUGACUAGAUUACAAUCCACAGAAAAAGAUAAUGCUUCUUUGAAGUAUGAGGUUCGAGUGCUUGAGAAGGAGCUUGAGAUCCGAAAUGAGGAGAGAGAAUUUAAUCGUCGAACAGCUGAUGCAUCACACAAGCAACACCUAGAGAGUGUGAAGAAAAUUGCAAAGUUAGAAUCAGAGUGUCAGAGGUUGCGUCUCCUGGUCAGGAAGCGAUUGCCAGGUCCUGCUGCGUUGGCAAAAAUGAAGAAUGAAGUCGAAAUGCUGGGAAGGGAUUCAGUUGAAAUGAGGAGGAGAAAGUUGAAUGCAACGGCUUUCAUGGUUGACUCUGCAGUUGAUGACUCUCCUGAAAAUCUCACUAAAAGGAUUGGUAAUCUGACUGAGGAAUUAUGUUCUAUGGAAGAAGAAAACAAGAAUCUCAGGGAAGCCCUUCAUAAAAAGGCAAAUGAACUACAAUUUUCGAGGGAAAUAUAUACACGCACAGCUUCCAGUUUAUCACAAGUUGAGUUGCAGCUUGAUGAAGUGUCAAAAGGUCAGCGAAUCGUAGAGCCAACAAGGAGAAGUCUUACAUCACGUGAUCUUUCUCUGGCAUCGAUGUCUGAAAUUGGCAGUGAUGAUAAGGUUAGCUGUGCAGAAUCAUGGGCUUCUGCUUUGAUUUCAGAACUGGAGCACUUUAGAAAUGGAAAACAAAAGGGCUCACCAUCAUCUAAAACUGUUGGAACUUCAGACAUUAAUCUGAUGGAUGACUUUGUUGAAAUGGAAAGAUUAGCGUUAGUCUCUGUUGAUAAACCAUUUGGGAGUUCUCAUGUUUCUCCACAUGACACUAAUGCAAUUUAUCACCCUUUGGAAACCGAGUUAAACAGGAAUCCCUCAGAGUUAACAGGUAGUGAGAUUGUUCCAAGGCCUGACUCUGAAUCAGGCUUCAGUGCAUCAAACCAAGAAAUCAGGUCCAACAAUGCAUUAAUGGGAAAAGUUCCUGGUUGGCUUCAGGAUAUACUGAAAGUGAUCUUGGAGCAAAACUGUGUCAGGCAGAGAAAUCCAGAUGAAAUACUUGAGGAUAUUAGAGCAGCUUUGGCAUAUAUAAAUAGUCCAAAUCGCACUGAAGUUGUUGAUGCAAGGGAAGGCUCAAACGAUCCUGAUGCAUCAAAUCCUCCACUUGCAAGUGGUCACAUCUCAUGGAAACAAUUAAAUAAAUCUUUGGUGGUGAUGGAUUCAUCUGAUCGUGUAACUGAUGUUGACAUAUCGUUGGCAGGAAAGAGCAAUCCACAGUUGCAUUUGGAUCUUGGUAAGUCAAUAGGCAAAAUAAUUGAGCUUAUUGAAGGUAUUAGUAUGCCAUCUGUGGAUGAUGAUAACCCUGAGACCUUGUCCAGAAAGGAUGGGAAUAUAUUCACAUAUAAGAAUUCAGAAUCACCUACAGGGUACAUGGUUCGGGUUUUCCAGUGGAAAACUUCUGAACUCAGUGCUGUUUUACACCAGUUUGUUCAUACUUGCUAUGAUCUGUUGAAUGGAAAAACUAAUAUAGACAAAUUUGCCCAAGGAUUAACCACUGCUUUAGACUGGAUUAUGAACCAUUGCUUUUCCCUACAAGAUGUUUCAAACAUGAGGGAUGCAAUUAUGAAACAUUUUGAUUGGGAUGAAUCACGAAGUGAAAGUGAAGCCGAAGUUGGAAUGAUUAGUCAUUUUUCUGAAGCAGGACGUGUUCCAAGAGAACAGUUAGCAUAUUUGCCCAUGACUGCUGCUUCCAAUGGCAAUCAUCUUCGAAUUGAAGAACUUCAGUCUAUUGUGAGGGAAGAAAAUAGGAAUCUGAGGGAUGAAUUGACGAAUUUGAAAUCUGCAAAGAAAGACUUGGAAAUAAGGCUUCAGUCAGCCACUGAUAAGAGUGAAUCCCUGACGAAUCAACUCCUCAAAUCAGAAAAAGCAAUUGCGAGCUUGCAAACAGAGUUGGAAACUCUGAAACGAUCAAAAGGAACGACUGGGGAACAAACCGAAAGUCGCAAGUUGAUGAAUGAAGAUCUUGAUAGACAGCUUACAGUGGCUAGAUUGGAAUUACAUGAGGCUCGGCAGAGGUUUUUAUCACUAGAAGCGGAGCUGGAUGAUAAAAAUAACUGUUAUGAAGAAUUAGAGGCCACUUGUCUUGAACUGCAGCUCCAGCUUGAAAGCAUUACAAAGAAGGAAAGCCCGGACAAUGACCUCAAUCAGGAAGAAAAGCAACUUCGGACUGAUUGGGAGAUUACAGCUGCUUCAGAAAAGUUGGCGGAGUGCCAGGAGACUAUCCUAAACCUUGGAAAGCAGUUGAAGGCAUUGGCUGCUCCAAGGGAAGCAGCCCUUUUUGACAAGGUCAUUGCUACCCCCACUGACACAGUUACCUCCACCACCAUCACAGCCACAGCCACAACCCCAACCCCGCCCAAGGACAAGAUCAUGAACCAGCGCUCCUCUCUACUUGAUCAGAUGCUAGCAGAGGAUGAUUCUGCAGCCAAGUAUCUUAAAUUCCGUAAGACCAAAGAAACCAAUGGCAAUUCCACUAGAAAAGAUAAUGGAGCAUUCCAGACUCUAGAAAAAAUUAUUGUUUUAAAUGGGGUUACACGCGAGGAUGAUGAUGCGACAGCCGGUUCGUUGGCUAUUGUGCCUAAGAAACGGGGAGGAGGGAGUUUGUGGAGAAAGCUGCUGUGGAGAAAGAAGAAAGUCAAUAGCAAGAAACCUCCUCAUCCAUUUUGCCCGUGACAAACAUCUUAAGAGUAAUAAUGAACUGAUGGCAAGCUUGCUUCUCAGGGUUCCUUGUUUGGUUUGUUGUAGAGGAGGUGGGAAUUAUUAGUCUUUGGCUUUUAUUAGUCUUAUUAUGAGAAAGACAGUGAGAAAGAUAAUUUUACAUGUGUGUAUUACUGCUGUAUAUAAAACUGAUGCCGGGACAAUUAUAGAGUUUACAACGUAAUGAAGAUGUCCCUAAGGUGAUGAAAUUUGAGCAA